AGCAGGCGGGCGGGCAGCCCGUGCUCAGCGCCUCCGCGUGCCUCUCUGUGGUGAGCCCCUCCGCGCCGAGGGCGGCUCUCGAGCCUUUUGCGGGAAUGUCCCCGUCACCGGUUCUUCGUGCUGUAUCGCGACGUGCCGGUAGAUGGUGUCUUGCCGCUCUUCGCAUCUGGACGGAAGCUCGGCCGGGGCUUCAGCCCCAAGGCUCGCGACAAGGCUCCAUCCUACCGACUGUGCUGCUUCGUUGGUGUUGUGCAGUAGCAAAUGCCGGUUAUCCUGCGGUACGGCUUUUUGCGGUGAAUGUCAUCAGCUAUGAGCGCCUCAAUCCUACAAACUCUGCUGUCCAUGAUCAUCUCUGUACCCUGGGUUGGCUUCCAGCAUCAGAGGAAGACAUUUACAGUAUUUUGGCUGGAGUGCUCAGCUUCAAGACUUCAUUGUUCUUCACAAGUUGGUGGGAUAUGAAGCCAAUUGGAAAAGUGCUUUGUGCUACAGGGAUCAUAGCUGGGCUCCUAGCUUUCUUCUGGAAAGAUGCUUUUAAUCCAGAGAGCUUGUCUGGUGCCCGUGUUCUCCUGACUGGAGCCAGUGCUGGGAUUGGAGAGCAGAUGGCAUAUCAUUAUGCCAAAUUUGGUGCUGAAAUUGUUUUGACUGCAAGGAGGGAAGCUGUGCUGCAGAAGGUGGUGGAGAAAUGCCUGACGCUUGGAGCAAAGAAAAUAUUUUAUAUCCCUGCAGAUAUGUCUUCCCCUUCAGAGCCUGAAAAGGUGGUUCAGUUUGCUGUCCAAAAGCUGGGGGGAUUGGAUUACCUGGUGUUGAACCACAUUGGUGUGACCCAUUUCCAGAUGUGGGCUGGAGAUGUGGAAUACACCCGCUGGCUCAUGCAGGUGAAUUUCUUCAGUUAUGUGGCACUUGCAACAGCAGCUCUUCCCACCUUGGAGAAGAAUAAAGGUUCUCUGGUGGUUGUUUCUUCCCUCACAGGGAAAAUACCCACUCCCUUCACCACUUCUUAUUCUGCCACCAAGUUUGCACUGGAUGGUUUCUUCAGCUCGCUGCGCCAUGAACUCAUCAUGCAGAACAGAAAUGUCUCUGUCACACUGUGCAUCCUGGGCCUGAUUGAUACUGAUACAGCAUUAGAGAAUACCAGGGGCAAAGUGCACCUAACUGCUUCUCCUGCUCCUGAAGCUGCACUCGCUAUCAUCCGGGGGGGUGCCACACGGGUGCAGGAGGUUUUCUACCCAUGGUGGCUGCAGCAUAUGUGUUGCCUCUGGGUUUUGUUCCCCAAUGACCGGGACCAGGUUUUACAGAGUUACUAUAACUACAGCAGUCCUUAAAGGACACCCAGUCUCAGUCUUCUCUCCCACCCUACAUCCCUUCUAAUCACAUUCCCCCAUCCCGCCAAGCAUCCCAUUCAACCAUUGGUGUCAAGCAGGAGCAGGACAGCAGUGGUGGCAAAGUAACCUUAGGUCUUUUAAUAAGACUAUUCUUGGUCUCCCUCUCAUCCUGCUUCAGCCACAGUUUUGAUAUUUCUACCCAUCAGUCACUGUGUCUUAGCCUUCCACCCAUCUCCCCUCCUUCAGCCUCACGUGUCUGCUUUUACUGCCUCCAGUCUUCGCUCAGUUCCAGCUUUAACCUCUGUCUGUAAAGGAUGUCCUGGAAUGUCUGUACAUUCCUGGGACAUCCUGCUCCACUGCUUCAUUGUUUUGUGUAUUCUGUGAACCUUCUUGCUUCCUAUGAAUAGAAUUUUAAUCUCUAUUUUAAUAAAACUAUUUUAUUUUA